AUGCCCAGGCCAGGAAAUGGGUUUAUCAGCACAGAAUCGCAGAUUCCACCUAUAUCCACCACUUCGCGAGAUGCGUCUCUCGCAUCAGCCGGGCUCCCAUCGUCACUAGAUUAUCUAGCUGAUAUCUCAGUCCACCAUGGCCGCACCGAGUCAGACCUCGGCGUGAUGACUAUUGACGACCAGCAGCAGUACUUUGGAUGGAAUGCAGUCACGCCAACAGAACAAAUGUCACACCGAGCUGGCUUGACGUUCGACUCCGGGUCAAAAGACAUGCUACAAAUGUGGCUUGAACCUCGCACAGAUUCAGGGUCAAAUGGAUCGAUAGAUCUGAUGCGUGAUAGCCAUUUGCCUCUGAUGAGUGACAAUUCGAUUCUUGCUCCAGACCGGCAGAAUCAACAUUCAGUCGACGGCAGCGAUAAAAUUCCCAAUGAACGCUUCGCUAGAGUCCAACAGUGUUGGUUAGCACCACCUAACACUGGGCGACUUAUCAAUGGUUUAUGGCGGGAUAUCUCCAUGUUACCUGUUGAUAAUAUCUUCUCCGUUCAGUCAACACACCUUCCCAGCGAGCCAAGUGUCGUUCAAGGAUCGCGAUGUGGAUUCGACGAGGAUUGCAGACGGCGUUUGCAGGCAGCUUUUGGAUCCCUGAAUGUUUCUGCAAAUAUGCAAUCUCCCAUAAAUACCAUAAAUAGGAGUGUUCACCCAGCCACGCCUGCCUCGACCUUGAAUCAUCCUGAUUCUGAUUUCCCUCCCGCUGAGAUCUUGGAUAUGGCACUGGACUUAUUUUUCCGCCUCUUUAAUCCUCUCUUGCCAUUUGUGCAUCAGCCGACCUUUUCGGCAAAGAAGGCGCGACCAUCUCUUCUAUAUGUUAUGACGCUGGUUGGCAUGACAUUGCUUGGCACGAAAGGAACAACUGCGUUUGUAUCCAGAAAUUUUUCUGGUGCUUUGGACAAGGUAACAGCUGAAUUUGCUCGAUGCUCAAUAGGACUUGAGAACACUUCCGGCACUGUGACAUUAUUUGCGACAGCUUUGCUUUUAUUAAACCUGGCUGGGUUAACCGGGGAAAAGUUACAUCUGGAACAGUGUCAACCGCUUUAUAUCAAUGUCAUGUCUCUCGCCCAAAGACAUGGGCUAUUUUCAGCCAGUGAGGGGCAGAUCCUUGACAUAACUUUGUUCGAAACAGUUCCCGAUAUUGACAUGAGAUGGAAAUCCUGGAGCAAGGUUGAAUCAACUAAGAGAAUAAUCAUCGGACUACUGCUGCUAGACUCUUGGUACUCCUCAUUCCUCUCGAUAGGUCCAAUCGCAGUCCCAGACUCGAUCCAACUCAUCCUCCCCUGCAGCGAAUCUCUUUUCUGCGCCCACUCCUCCGCCCAAUGGGCACACCUAAUCCGCGGCGGCAAGCACAUCCUCUCAUCAACAAUUCUCGCCCCAUCUGAAAACAUCAACGUCCCCACCCUAGAAGCUCCAGCAGAUGAGUUCUGUAUACAAGCAGUGCUAGCAGUAGUUCAACUCCGCCAGUCAGAAUCAUACCACCGUCUCCUCUCCAAUAGAGCCAGCUACCCCUUUGCUCCAUGUCACACCUACGCCAUGGACGGCCGAGCUAGAUGCCUCCCCUCCCUCCAAUCCCAGCUCAUCACAAACUACGGCGAAACUCUCGACCGCUUAAAUCCCAAUGCCCUUGUUACAUGGCACAACAUGUGUAUGACUCUCACGGCCGAUAUUCAAAUAUUCGAUCUUGCAGCUGGCCGUGCAGGCCCCGCUCCUGCACGUAAGGCCUUCGACGAUCUCCGCGAGUGGUCGCAAACACCUGCAGCCAGACGCGCGUGUCUACACGCCGCGCAUAUCUACAAUGUUAUGGCAAAUCGAAAAGCUUCCGACCACCCCACGUUCCAAUCUAUGUUUUCGCUUUUCUCGGCCGGGUUAGUGCUCGGUUUGUAUACGUUCAUGGUGUCGGACUCCGCGAGUUCGUCGUCUAGUCUCGGGUCCGUGGAGUUGAUGGAUGAUGUUAACUGGAGAUCGGUGGGGACGGAGGGGUUUACGAGUUUCAUGGAGCCUAGGGGAAGUCAAACUUUUGCGCCGACGGAUGAUCAUGCUGUUAACUUCAUUCGAAAUGGCGCUAAUAUCUACUUGCGAGCACUGCCGCUCCAUGGUGGGUAUCAGUCUGCGCGUCGAAUCCUUCUUGAUUAUGCUUCUCUCCUCAAGGACUCUGGGAAGUGGAGUGUCAAGCAAUUCUCUUAUAUUUUAUACAUAAUGAGUGAUGUUCUUAUGGAUGUCGAGUGA